ACAGCGACGACGAGAUGCGAUUCCGGUUCCGACGGCGAAGGUAGUAUUAACUUUGAACAUAGCCUAUAACCUACCUAUCUCUACUUCAAUCCCGUGUACGGGAGUAUAUCUAUUUGAAAAUUGCUGUGUAUAUUUAACUCACACUGAGGAUGGAGUGUACAUGUCGACUGUAUAUAUGCACCGCGACGUCAUGCAAGGUUGCCGUGAUGUUGUGGUUGUGACUUGUAUGUACGGAGUAUGUAGUGUGUAGUGUUUACAACGUAGCUGUGGAGACGGGCGAGGAUGCGGGGAAGCCAAGUCAAAGUGGAUUCGAUGACGCUGUUGGGCACGAACCAAACCAUGGGAGCGAUGGAGUUCAUCCCCGACCUUUCUUUCCCCCUGCCCAGUAUGUACACAAUCAUGGCUAGUGGUGUUUGUUUGGUGUUUCUCUCUCCUGUGUGCUCGAGUGAAGUUUUGAUGUGGUCUCCCUCGGCAGAGAUAAGCAUGGGCUGGUCCGUGCAGAGGAAUGCCAAUGAAGGGCUGGAAGGGGCGGCGCUGCGGGUGUUUGAAGGUGCGUUUCAAGGCCGGCUGUCUGGCUGGACCUGAAACCGGCGUGUGCCUGAAAUAGAAAAUUUUGUGCAACGGGGUUGAGGGGGGAGAAGUCUCUGCAGGACAGUUUUAAAGAGUAUUGGUCAGUGUUGGUGGUAGUAGUAGUAGUACUGGAAACGGGAAAGGAGGGAGAAGAGAAGCAGGUACGGAGGAUGCUG